AUCCUACCCCUGGCCUUCACAAUAUUCAAAGAAAUACGCCUUCUUUUCAGCCAUGUCGGUGGCAAAAGUCCAAUUAGUCUCUUCUCAAGAGAUUGCUGCUCAUAGCUCGUUCUCCGAUUGUUGGAUCGUGGUAGACAACGAGGUGUGGGAUGUUACCUCGUUUGUUUCAAAGCACCCUGGGGGUUCCGCAAUAAUCUUGAAAUAUGCUGGGCGAGAUGCGACAAAGGCGUAUUCAGAGGUCCAUGCACCCAAUAUCCUUCGAGACAAUCUCACUCCUGACAAGUUUAAAGGAGUCCUCGACCAGAGCACGGUCGAUAGCGCAUGGCUGAAGGUCCCCCCAGAGGCGGAGCCGAAGGUGGUACUGGAUCAUGAGAAACCUCCACUUACCACCCUGAUUAGUGCCCAUGACUUUGAGAUGGUAGCAUCGAAAACUGCUUCUCGCAAGACCUGGGCUUUCUACUCUAGUGCCUCGAACGAUUUAAUCACGCGUGAUGCCAACAAAUCAUUCCUAGACCGGAUUUUCAUGCGACCACGCGUCCUGCGGAAUGUGCGCGAAGUUGAUACCCGCACCAGGAUCCUUGGUUGCAAUGUGGACAUGCCUCUUUUUGUCAGCCCCGCUGCUAUGGUGAAGCUCAUGCAUCCCGACGGUGAACUUGCAAUUGCCAGAGCGUGUGAGAACAAGAGGCUGGUACAGGGGAUCUCGAACAAUGCAUCUUACUCGAUGAAGGAUAUCACAGCCGCCGGUCCGGGGGUAGAUUACUUCUUCCAGCUAUAUGUCAACAGGGACCGUACCAAGUCUGAAGAGCUCCUUCGAGAAUGCUCGGCCAACCCACGCAUCAAGGCCAUAUUCAUCACCGUCGAUGCAGCUUGGCCGGGGAAGCGUGAGGCUGAUGAAAGGGUCAAGGCGGAUGAAAGCCUGACCGUCCCGAUGGUCGACGCUAAAACAAGGAACGACAAGAAGGGAGGCGGCCUCGGCCGUGUUAUGGCAGACAGCAUCGAUCCGGGUCUUACCUGGGCGGAUCUUGUCUGGGCGCGGAAGCAUACUCACCUUCCAUUGAUCCUGAAAGGGGUUAUGAGCGCAGACGAUGCAAUCCUAGCGAUGGACGCUGGCAUGGAUGGAAUUUUAUUGAGUAAUCAUGGAGGCCGCAACCUCGAUACCAGCCCUCCACCCAUCAUUACUCUCCUUGAGCUGCAUAAGCGCUGCCCGGAGAUCUUCGAUAAGAUGGAAAUCUACGUGGACAGUGGCAUUCGACGUGGCACGGACAUUCUAAAAUGCCUUUGCCUGGGAGCGACGGCCGUGGGCAUGGGGAGAAGUGUGCUCUUUGCAGCGAACUAUGGACAAGAGGGGGUGGAACAUUUAUUUGACAUCAUGAAAGACGAGCUUGAGGGAGCCAUGAGGCUUGUCGGCAUCACGUCCCUCGACCAACUUGGUCCAGAGUUGGUCCAUACGGGUGAUAUUGACCACUUAGUUCCCGAUGCUGCAAGUCAUCCGUACGCAAGGACCCCGCCCCGCCGUCUUGCUACGUCGAAAUUAUGGAAUGGAGGAGCACCAAAAGCUAGGCUAUGAGCUAUUUUGUCGUCUUUAGGACCCGUCCGGCCUACCUCUUUCCAAGCUGCUAUCCGCGGGAAUAGUUGAUUUCUUUUCAGCCUGGGAUUACUGUACUCGCAAAACGUAUAUACAUCAUAUAUAUGUAGAUACCAUUUACGAAGCCAAUGCAUGAAAGGAGCGAGAGAGAGAGAGAGAGAGACCCCGUAAAGCCAAUG